GCCCGCGCCUCGACGUUCCAUUGGCACUGUGGCCGAUUUAUACCCUUGAUGGGAUCCCGCCUCCGUGUGCCCUCACAUGGCAGACGGCUGGGAGGAGGAGCUGUGGCGCCGGCCUUGCAAGAGCCAAUGUGUCGGUGGAGAGGAGAUGGCGCCCACCGGAGCUACAUUGUCUGCCUGCUCGACGCCGCAAGUGGUGGCCAGCUCCACUGCUCUCACCGCUAGCCGUCUGCAGGAAUAUGAGCCGUACACUUGCGAUGGCUCUGUUGACAUCAACGGCGACCCAGCGUCGAAAAAGCACACUGGGAAAUGGAGAGCCUGCUACUCGAUUCUUGGUGGUGAGUUCUGCGUCUCUUUGGCGUACUACGGUGUGGGGACGAACCUGGUGAGCUACCUAACCAAGGCGCGGAAGCAGAGCAAUGUCGCUGCGGCGAGCAACGUCGCCUCAUGGCAGGGAACCUGCUACCUGACUCCCCUACUCGGCGCAUUCCUGGCGGAUUCGUAUUGGGGAAGGCAACGGACGAUCGUCAUUUCCCUCGCCAUCUUUACCAUGGGGAUGCUUGUACUGACACUUGCGGCAGCAAGCAUUCAUGCACUGGACAUCUCUCCCCAGGGCCAGGACGCCCUGCCUUCCCUUGGCCUUUUCCUGGCCGCCCUAGGCCUGGGUGGCGUGUGGCCAUGCGUGCCCACGUUUGGGGCCGACCAGUUCGACGACACCGACGGAGCGGAGAAGGCGCAGAAGGAGCGGUACUACAACUGGUACUACUUCGCCGUCAAUGGCGGCUCCCUCGCGAGCACGCUCCUCGUGUACGUUCAGGACAGCUGGGGCUGGGGCUGGGGGUUCGGGAUACCUGCGCUGUUUUCGGUGGUUGGAAUAGCUGGGUUUCUUGCCAGCACCAAGCUUUACAGGUACCAGAAACCGGGAGGGAGCGCACUCACCAGGGUUUGCCAGGUUGUGGUUGCCGCCGUCCGGAAGGCCCAUGUGGACGUGCCGAGCGACAGCUCUCUCCUGUAUGAAGUGCCAGGCAAGGAGGCGGCGGCGGUCGUAGGGAGCAGGAAGCUGGUGCACACUCAAGGGCUAAGUAGGUUCUUUGAUCGGGCUGCCACCUUUUCCUCCGUCGACGAAGCAUCGUCUGCUGCUGCUGCUAUGCCUAGUCCAUGGAAGCUGUGCACGGUGACGCAGGUGGAGGAGCUGAAGGUCCUGGCGAGGAUGUUGCCUGUGCUGCUAGCUGGCGUAGUCUUCAACAUGGCUGAAGCCUUCUUCCCGCUUUUCGUCGAACAAGGAGAAGUCAUGGACAAGAACAUACGUGGGUUCUCAGUUCCUCCAGCCUCUCUGACGACCUUCAACUGCCUCUGCAUCCUCAUCCUGCUGGCCCCCUGUUACAGCAGGGUUGUCAAGCCAGUGCUGAGCAUGGCCACUGGUGGCCUCAAAGGAGGCGGCCUGUCCGAGCUGCAGCGAGUCGGCGUGGGUCUGGCUUUCGCUACGCUCUCGUUGGCUUCGGCCGCGCUGGUUGAGACGACGCGCCUCAGGAUCGUCGACGAACGAGGCCUAGCGCACCGCGACGCUGCCGUCCCCAUGAGCAUCCUGUGGCAGGCACCGCAGUACGUGUUCGUUGGCGUAGCGAAAGUGUUCGCCGCUGUCGGUUUCACCGAGUUCGCAUACGAGCAGUCGCCCCAUGCCAUGCGAAGUUCGUGCCAGGCCUGCUCGCUCGUCAUGGUCACCCUUGGAAACUACCUUGUCUCUGUGAUGUUGAAGCUCAUGGAUUCGGCGACACUGGUGGGAAGAGGGCGGCACGGCUGGAUCCCUGAUAACCUCAAUGAGGGUCGUCUUGAUCGUCUGUUCUGGUUGAUGGCAGGAUUGCAGCUUCUCAACCUUCUCGCUUUCGCAUGUUGUGCCACCAGGUACAAGCGCAAACAGGCUACUACUUGACUUUGUUUGCGUCACAUGCUAUAUAUGUCCUCGUUCGUCCGCAGAAGUUUUGACACACCCUUGUAACAUUGUUUUUGAAGAACCGGAAGGUUUUCGAUACUAAUACUAGUACCACUUCAAA